AUGAUCAAGAUAUCCGCCAAACCCAUAUCAAGCCCGGGUCGGGCGGAGAAGUACUACCCGCCGCCAUUGAUGAGGUUCCUGAGAAGCAAUGUGGGGAACAAGAGCCGCGGCAGGUCUCGCUCCAGCCCCUUGUUCGUCAGGAAGCGGAACCCAGCCACCGCUAUUGAAGCUCCCGAGCCCUCUUCCCCCAAAGUCACCUGCAUGGGUCAGGUUCGGGUCAGGCGCCAGACCAAAAAGAAACGCCUCCGGGGCUCCGAUUGCAACCGCCGCAACUGGAUCCCCGACGCCCUCUUCUUCUCCUGCUGCCACGGCGGCGGUAGUUGUAGUAGCCUACGAGGGAAGAAAAAGAAGAAGAAGAAGAAUCCCCGUGGCCGCGGGUGCUUCCGCCGCCCGGCCUGGCCCGAGUGGACCCGGUUCUUCCGGAUCGGGUCAAACCGGAAGUCCGAAAUCCGCGAGGACAGAAACGACACGGAUUUGGGAAGCUCCCUGGAGGAAGAGGAGGAAGGAGAGGCGAGGUCAGUGGGCGCCGCGAAGGUGUUCGCCUGUUCAUCGCCGGCGAAUUCGCCGCCGAGGAACGCGCUGCUGCUGAUUCGGAGCAGAUCUGCGCCGUACAGGUCGUCGUCUCUGGCGAGCCGGUUUUGGGGGUCGCCGGUCGGGAGCGAGGAAGAAACGGAGGAGCGGAAACAGAGCACGGAGCAAGACUCGAGCCUGACAUCGAAGAGGGAAUCUUCUUCUUUCGAGGAGGAAUCCGACAAGGAAUCGAGGUUGGAUCCGGAAAACGAAGAGACCAGGUUGGGGGUUUUCAAGGAUUUCGAAGGCUCCGUGGAGUCGGUGGUCAAAGAAAGAUUAAUGGAGCAAACAGCCGCAACGAAGCUUGAAGAGGAAGAAGAGAAAGUAGGGGAAUACGCCGAGGCGAUAACGUCGCCGCCGCGGCGGCCGGUUGUGCUGACGAGGUGUAAAUCCGAGCCGGCGAGAAUCACCGGCGAGAAGCUGGAUCCGGAGGGUUCUCAACCCUUCGAUGCCGGCAAAUCGUCCGAAUCCGCUGUCUUUAACGCUGUCGAACGGCAGCGACUGAAACAACGGCAAUAUUCUCUUUCUUUAUUAACCUUCAAGCUCUGCAAGUUGAAGGUGAGGAUCGGGAAGAGGCUGAGGAAGGGCGUGGUUUUGAGCAUGUCGGUGGCGAGGUUGAGGAUAUACCGGAUGAUCAGGAUUCAGUGGAAGCGGUUGUUCGGCGGCCGCUUAAUCGCUGGCGGUGGUGGUGGUGUUCUUCCUGCUGCUGCUGUUCGGACUCCGGAGAGAGAGAGGAAGCGUUCUGAUGGACUCUCCUCACUUGUUUGGUCUGGGCCCAGCUCCCAGAGCCCACGGCGAGAUAACUCGGCCUAUGAACUUAUCCUCUUCUUCCGUUUGGUUUAA